AUGAGGAUCCAAUCAAAUAAUACUAGAAAAUAAAAAUUCUUAAAAUCAUUUUAAUCAAUAGAUUUUAAAAAUAAAAAAUAAUUUUAGCCAACACCGAAGACUGCAUUCUUUAAACUAUUGAAACCUCUAUUCAUUUAUAUUGAUUGCUAUUCAAAUAUAAUUAAAUAGCACUAAAAAAUAUAAUCAUACGUGUAUCUUAAGUAGUUCUACAAAUCCAGAUUAAUCUUAAACAAUUAAAUAGGAGCAAAUGGGAUAAUAAUAAUUUAUGAUUUAACAGGCAGAGAAUCAUUUGACUCUGAAAAGAUAUGGAUGUCUGAAAUUGAUAAGUAUAGUUAUAGAAUAUAUACAUAGGUAUGCUUAAGAAGAUGUGAUAAGGAUGUUGGUGGGAAACAAAUGUGAUAUGGUAGACAAAAGAGCUAGGUGA